GGCUCCAGCAUCCUCUCAGCCCUCCAGGACAUCUUCUCCAUCACCUGGCUCAAUAGAUCCAAGGUGGAAAAGCAACUACAAAUCAUCUCAGUGCUGCAAUGGGUCCUAUCCUUCCUUGUGCUGGGAGUGAUCUGCAGCGUCAUCCUCAUGUACACAUUCUGCACCGACUGCUGGCUCAUUGCUGUGCUCUACUUCACCUGGCUGGCAUUUGACUGGAACACGCCCAACAAAGGUGGCAGGCGGUCACAGUGGGUCCGAAACUGGGCUGUGUGGCGCUACUUUCGAGACUACUUUCCCAUCCAGCUGGUGAAGACACACAACUUGCUGACCACCAGGAACUAUAUCUUUGGAUAUCACCCCCAUGGCAUCAUGGGCCUGGGUGCCUUCUGCAACUUCAGCACAGAGGCCACAGAAGUCAGCAAGAAGUUUCCUGGUAUAAGGCCCUACCUGGCCACACUGGCCGGCAACUUCCGGAUGCCAGUGCUGAGGGAGUACCUGAUGUCCGGAGGCAUCUGCCCUGUCAACCGGGACACCAUAGACUACCUGCUUUCAAAGAAUGGGAGCGGCAAUGCCAUCAUCAUCGUAGUGGGUGGCGCAGCUGAGUCUCUGAGCUCCAUGCCCGGCAAGAACGCCGUCACCCUACGCAACCGCAAGGGCUUUGUGAAACUGGCCCUGCGCCACGGAGCCGACCUGGUUCCCAUCUACUCCUUUGGGGAGAAUGAAGUAUACAAGCAGAUAAUCUUCGAGGAGGGCUCCUGGGGUCGAUGGGUCCAGAAGAAAUUCCAGAAAUAUAUUGGCUUUGCCCCAUGCAUCUUCCAUGGCCGAGGCUUCUUCUCCUCUGACACCUGGGGGCUGGUGCCCUACUCCAAGCCCAUCACCACUGUUGUGGGUGAGCCCAUCACCAUUCCCAAGCUGGAGCAACCGACCCAGAAGGACAUUGACCUGUACCAUGCCAUGUACAUGGAGGCCCUGGUGAAGCUCUUCGACAACCACAAGACCAAAUUUGGCCUCCCAGAGACUGAGGUCCUGGAGGUGAACUGAGCCAGCUCUUAGGAACCUGGGAGGAAGCAGCUACAAACCGAUUUUCUGCCGAGUUCUCAAGUGCUUUUUGUUCUGUAAAUUUGGAAGCAUCAUGGGUGUCUGUGGGUUAUUUAAAAGAAAUUAUAAUAAUUUUGUUAAAC